AUGAACGACAAAGUGAAAAAAUACGAUGUAAGUCAUCUAGAUGAGAUCUUUAUGAUUCUUUAAUUUUUACUCAUUCUCUAAUUAUAAAAUAAAUGAAUUCCAGGUUCCUCUCAAACAAUAUCACAUGCUACAAACUUCUCUGGAAGUUGAUUAUCCAUAUUUUCCAUUUCGAAUAUCAAUUGAUUAUGUUCUUGUUCAUGACGCAAGUUCGAAUAAAAAUCGUGAAAAAUUUCGGCAUUUUUUCGAAAAAGCCGCGCAAAAAGAGGGUCUUAUAAUAAGACAUGAAAGUUCUGCGCAAACACAUUUCACUCUAAUUUCGACACCUUUUCAUAGAUUAUGUCGAGAAGCUGAAAUGUCACAAAUGUGUUUUCCAUUGAAAGAUGUUAGUUUGGGAGUUGGGUUUUGAUAAGGAAAAAAACUUCCGAUUUUUUUGUAAUUCCAAAAUUUCAAUUUUUCAAUUAUCGUAUUCAUCCUUUCCACAAAUAUUUCUCAAAUUGAAUUUUCAAAAAUUCAAAAUGUGGAAAAAUUUUCAAAAUUUUAGGAACAUUUCUUGUGAAAAAUUUUUGAACAAUUAAAACUUAGGAAACCCAAAAAAACAGGGAAGCCUAAGAUUAGCCUGAGAAAAAAUUGACCCAAUAUUUCCAGCUCAUAUUUUUUCCAGUGUCAAAUCAAACCAGCUGUUCCAUCUUGUUGUAUUCCACUUUCCAAUUUAUUUGUUACCGAUGACACAGUUUGUCAUAUAAAUGCCCCUUUUCAACGGAAAAAUGGUCCAUUAUUUGUGAAUUAUACUAAUGAGAAAAAGUUUUUCACUCCUGCGCAAAGAGGAUUCUUGACACAUCAGGUAAUUUUUUUUGUAAAAAGAAUGGGACUGUAUUUGAAAAAAAGCUGUAACAAUUUUUCGAAACUAACCAAAAAUUUGAAAAAAAUUUACUAGAAAUGAUUUUCAAAUGCUCACGUGGACUGAAUUGUUCAAGCACAUAUUCACAUUUCUUGAAUAAAUUUCUAAAAGUUCCUAAUAAAUUGCAACUUCUAGAUCCUUACAAAAAUCGAUAUCAGUAAAGAUUUGGGAUUUUCAAAUAAACAAAUCGAAGGAAAAGAAGAAAUAACUCUGUUAUCCGAUGAACCUUUGAGAAGAAAAGGUUUGAAUUGGAUGUUAAUGAAAGAUGUUUAUGAUGAAGGAUUUAUUCUACAUGCUCCAAGCACGGUAAAUCUUCAUUCAAUACAUUUUCAUCCUCUCAAGUUUCCAGGAAGAACCAUAUUUCAAAAAAAUGAAAGAUACAAGUAAUGUAUCUUAUACUGAUUUUGUGAUGGAAAUCGAAGAAGAUCCGAGAAAAAGAUUGAGUGAUUCGUGGGGAAAAUGGAUGAAAUUUCAACCAUUGAAUAAAAUUCGAGAAUAUUUUGGAGAACAAAUUGCAUAUUAUUUUGCAUGGCAGGGAACAUUUAUUACUUUAUUAUGGCCGGCUACCAUUUUCGGGUUAUUUGUUUUUGUAUAUGGGUUUAUCGAUAGGUAAUAUUUGGAUGUUAGAUUAAAAAUUUCAUCCUACCCAUAUCUCUGAAAUUAUAUCAAUUUCAAGUUUUUAAUUUCUGAUCCUAUCAGCCCCUCCAUCUUUCUCCAACAAUUUUCAUAUUUCAGUGUAAGUACGAGUCCGAUUGAUUGGGAUGAUUGUGAAGAUAUCAAAAAUACCACAAUUACCUGUGAUUCCAAAAAAGGUGUAUCACAUUUUUUCACCUCUUUAUCUCAAUGGUUUAUGUCUUCUUUUGACACAAGAAUGAAUGCAUUUUUUGCUGUCUUUAUGUCGAUUUGGGGUAACUCUUUCUUAUUUUUCCACUUUCCAAAUUCACUUUUCAGGAAGUGUAUUUGUUCAAAUUUGGAAACGUAACAAUUCGGUACUUUCUUAUCAAUGGAACUCCGAAGAUUUUCAUUCUGUUGAACCAGAUCGACCUGAAUUUCGAGGAUCGAAACUGAAAGAAGAUCCAAUUACAGGUGAAGAUGUAUGGAUAUCUCCAGCUGUUAUCCGAUAUUUCAAAUUCGUAGUUUCAUUUUUAUUCGUCUCAUUUUUCAUGUCCCUCACAUUCAUAUCAUUGAUGUUGGUAACACUUCUAAAAAUAUGGGCAAAUCAUUUUUUCAAAUGUGAUACAAGUUAUACAUUCAAUUGUUGGUUUGUUACUGCUGUUAUCCCAUCUGUUCUGAAUACUUUAUCAACAAUGGGACUUGGAGCUGUUUAUAGUAAUUUGGUUGAGAAAUUGAAUCGAUGGGAAAAUCAUCGAACUGAAACUGAUCAUAAUAAUUCAUUGAUUGUUAAAAUAUUCGCAUUUCAAUUGGUUAAUACAUACACCUCAUUAUUUUAUGUGGCUUUCUUCAGACCGGAAUCACAUGUGAGUAGAAAAACUAUUGUUGAAGUCAUGGAUUAAUUUAUGUUUAGGGGUUUCAAUCAAACGGAUUAUUUGGACUUGGCGAAUCAUUCAAGGAUACGUGUAUUGAUGAAACUUGUGGAAGUUUAUUAGCUGUACAAUUACUAACUCAUACUUUAAUUAAACCUGUGCCAAAAUUCACGAUGGAUGUUGUUUUACCGUAAGUUUUGAAAAAAUGGAACAUCAGAGAGGCUUCUGACAAAACUGAUUUCGAAUCAAACAACUUUCAAUUUGAAUUUUUAGCCACAGUUAUCAGGAUGUUUCAAUCAGACCUUCUUUUGUUUUCCGAAAAUCAAACAAACAGCCCGAUUAGUAAAUCCUUAGAAUCGGGCUCAAAAAUCUUGAAAUCUGGUUCCGACUCUAGAACUUUUGAUAUUCAAUAGAACACCUUAACCUUUCAGAUAUCUAAUAAAAAUCUUCCGAAUCCAUCAAUGGUCUUCUCGAACAGAUAUUCGAUUCGAAAACAAUGAUGAAACCAAUGUUUUAAUUCGAGAAUGGCUCAAACCAAGUGCCGGAGAUUUUGUUCUUUGGGAAAUGAAUGAGAAAAUUAUCAUGUUUGGAACGACUAUGGUAACUAACUAAACUUUCUUGCGUUUUUCUCUUCAAGAUUUUUUUUCAGAUGUUUGCCUCGCUUUUUCCGUUAGCUCCCCUACUUUCUUUAAUUAUUGGCUUUGUUGAUAUGCGAAUUGAUGCACAUCGUUUGAUUUGGUUCAAUCGAAAACCAAUUCCUCAAAUCACUACUGGAAUUGGAAUUUGGCUGCCAAUUCUGACAUUUUUACAAUAUUGCGCGGUUUUUACGAAUGCUUUCAUAGGUAAUUUUUGAACGGAAAGAGUGAAACUUUACUAAUAAUUAUAUUUAGUUGCAUUUACUUCUGGCUUUUGUUCCAAAUUUUUCGAUGAUGGUUAUUGUAAUGUUCAAAAUCGACUUUUGAUUGUUAUUGUUUUUCAGGUAAUGGGAGAUAAGUUUUUUUUCAAAUUAAAUUUUUUUGCAGAACAUUGUGUUCAUUUUACGAUAUUUAUUAUCUUGCAUAAUUCCAUCGACUCCGGCAGCAAUAAAAUUAGCAAAAAGAAAGAAACAUUAUGUAAUUGGACAUAUUUUGGAAAAAGGAGAUGUUCCACAUAAAACAAGAGCGAAGAAAAAGACAAGAAUUGCUAAAAUAGCGUGGAUUACUAUGAAUAAACGAGAAAAAAGAAGUCGGGGUUCGAAAUAA